CGACUCAUGUCAGUUACUUAUAUCAAGGCAAAUAUUUUGUGGCUGUGUUUUUAAUUAAUAGGUAAGGAAAAUAUCCUGGAUAUAAGUAGUUAAUGGUUAAGACAGCUCAUUUGUAGUUUUUUUCUGUGUUAUCAUUUUUCCUUUGACUGAAUACCUUGAAGGCUGCUGGUAUGUUGAUAUUGUCCCAUAUAUCCCUGUGAAACCAGGAAGUUAUAAAAUGCAUUGAUUAUGAAAGUAAUCUAACUUAAUUUUAAAAUAACAUUUUCAUAAAGAUUUUUGUUAUCUCCAAAAUGAAUUCGAAUUAUGUCUAUUAAAAUUUUUAGGCAAGAGCAGAAAUGAGUAAAGGUUAUCAUAAACUAGUUGCUAAAAAUGCAAAUGAACAGAUGGCUUUAUGGUUUUAAAAGACAUACAGUCCUGUAAUUUUUUUCCAUUUACCUUUAUAAUGUAGAACAGAUUGUUUCUAGCAAACAUUCACUGGCAAUAAUUUCCAUGAAGCAUCAUUGUAAAAAAAAAUUCUGGGACUGUAUCAUCUUUAACCUUAGGGGUAUAGGAGAAUAACAUCAAUACAAGUACGUAUUUUCUAAUUUGGGGAACCUCUUCAUAUCAAAAAAUACCCCAUAUGCAAAUGUGGUUUAUCGUCUACUGUGGUGUUAAUUUAACUACUCAGUAUAAACUAAAGUGAUACGACGAAAUUAAACUAAUGGUUUAUAAUUUAAAAGCAAGAAUAGCAGCAGUUUAAAACUCAUGCCAUCUUAAUGUAAUACAGUUGAUUAAUUGAUAAAGCUACUCUCAGAAAAUUGUGGAAUUCUAAUUAGGAGCUUUACACCAUUAUCAAACAUUGCAUGUGGGUAGAUACUGGAUUUAGAGUCCUUAACAAACUUUAGUAACACAAACCUUAGUCUGUGAAUAACAAAGUUUAGAAACCUCUAUUAACUUGCUUAGUAGAUUUUACUAUUAAGUAGCUCAAGUCUACUUAGGGGAGUUUCAGAGUUUUAGAUUGGAAGUGGAUUAAUUUCUCCAGGCAUUGAAAAAAAGAGUGAGAGGAUUUCAAGGAAAAUAAUACUGAUAUCAGGAUAAACUCAGUUUUCCAUUUAUACACAAGGUGGAAAGUAGAGGACAUAGCAGAAUUUGUUCCUGGUCUAUAGAAUUGAGGAUUUUAUAUAGCUAUCUCUUACUGCAUUUCAUUUUUUCUGUAGUAACAAGAAGGGGCAGCUUUCCUAUGACAGAUGGAAAUUCUGCUGUUUCGUUAAACUGCUUUAUGUAGAAAGAUUCGCAUCUUAUUUUUAUGAACAAAGAUAUGCUAAAAGGUCUCUUAAUAUUUUAUUUCCUUUAGAUGUUAUGUACAGUUAUAUCUCCUACCUUUUUUUACCUCACUGCCUAGUACUUCACAUCUGCUUUACUGGAUCCUCUUCUUUUUUCUGACCUGUCAAUAUAGGAUGCCCCAAGACUGCAAGUCUCAGGACUUUUCUCUACAUUUGCUCCUCUGUCAUUAUCAUCCCUUCCACUCCUCUGACUUGAAAUAUCAUUAGUUUGCUAGCGACUCACAAAUCUAUACCCCCAGCACCUUCCUUGGACUCUCAUUCUCUUUUCAACUGGUUUAACUAUUUCCUUAAAGUAAUAAUUUCUAGAAAGGGAACAAAAAUGUUAAAAAAAAAAAAAAAAAAAAAACUUGGGUAGUAUACACAAUUCUAGGAUCGCAUACCUUUUGCGCCACAACACAGCUGUCAGUUUGUCGUACUGUGAGGGCUUGCGUGUUGCUGUGACGCUGGAAUCUAUGCUGCUGGUGUUUCAAAUACCAGCAGGGUCUCCCAUGGUGGACAGGUUUCAGCAGAGCUUCCAGACUAAACAGACUGGGAAGAAGAACCUGGUGGUCUACAUCUGAAAAAGUGAGCCCGUGAAAACCUUAUAAACAGCCACAGAACAUUAUCUGAUGUAGUGCUGGAAGAUGAGCCCCUCAGGUUGGAAGGCACUCAAAAUAUGAAGAGCCGCCUUCUCAAAGUAGAGUUGGCCUUAAUGACAUAAGUGGAAUAAAGCUUCCAGGACCUUCAUUUGCUGAUAUGGCACAACUGAAAAUAAGAAACAGCUGCAAACAUCCUUUAAUAAUUGGAACAUGGAAUAUACGAAGUAUGAAUCUACGAAAAUUGGAAGUCGUCAAAAAUGAAAUGGAACGUGUAAAAGUUGAUCUCUUAGGCAUUAGUGAGCUGAAAUGGACUGGUGUUGGCCAUUUUGAAUCAGACAAUCAUAUGGUUUACUAUACUGGCAAUAACAAACCAAAGGGGAAUGGCGUCACAGUCAUUGUCAAAAAGAACACUUAAAGAUCUAUCCUGAGGUGCAACAUUGUCAUUGAUAGGGUAAUAUCCACACCCCUACAAGGAAGACCAGUUAAUACGACUGUUGGUCAAAUUUACUCACUCACCACAAAUGCCAAAGAGGAAGAUAUUGAGGGUUUUUACCAGCUUCUGUGGUCUGAAAUUGAUCCACCCUGCAGUCAAGAUGCAUUGAUAAUUACUGGUGAUUGGAAUGCAAAAGUUGAGCUGCCUCCUAGGGUGUCCAAGAAGUGCCUGGUGCAUUCAAACUGCCAACCUAUUGGUUAGCAGCCGUAGCUCUUAACCACUGUGCAACCAUGAUCAGUAGGAAAAUAUGGCCUUGGUGAUAGAAACAACACAGGAGAUUGCCUGAUAGAAUUUUGUAAGACCAAUAACGUAUUCACUGCAAAUACCUUUUUUCAAUAGCGUAAAUAGUGACUAUACAUGUGGACCUCACCGGAUGGAGAACACAGGAACCAAAUUGACUGCAUUGUGGGAAAGCUCAAUAUCAUCAGUCAGAACAAGGCUAGGGGCUGACUGUGGAACAGACCAUCAAUUGCUCAUUUGCAAGUUCAAGUUCAUGGUGAAGAAAACUAAAACAAAUCCAUGAGAACCAAAAUAUGACCUUGGAUAUAUCCCACCUGAAUUUGGAGACCUUCUCGAGAACAGAUGUAACACAGUGGACACUAAUGACUGAAGACCAAACUGUGAGGAGGACAGCAUACAUAGAGAAAGCAAAAGGUCAUUAAAAAGAUAGGAAAGAGAGAAAAGACCAGAAUGGAUGUCAGAAGAGAUUCUGAAACUUGCACUUGAACAGAGAGUGGCUAAAGUGAAUGGAAGAAAUGAUGAAGUAAAAGAGCUGCACAGAAGAUUUCAAAGGGCAGCGCGAGAAGACAAAGUAUUAUAAUGAAGUGUGCAAAGACGUGGAGUUAGAACACCAAAAGGAAGAACGUGCUUGGCAUUUCUCAAGCUAAAAGAACUGAGGAAAAAAUUCAAGCCUCGAGUUGCAAUUUUGAAGGAUUCUGUGGGCAAAAUAUUGAACAACACAGGAAGCAUGAAAAGAAGAUGACAGGAAUACAGAGUCACUGUACCAAGAGGAAUUGGUCGCCGUUGAAACAUUUCGGGAGGUAGCAUAUCAUCAAGAAUUAUUGAAGGAACAAGUCCAAGCUGCACUGAAGACGGUGAGAAACAAGCCUUCAGGAAUCGACGGAAUACCAGUUGAGAUAUUAAAACAAACGGAUACAGUGCUGGAAGUGUUCACUCAUCUAUGCUAAGAAGUUUGGAAUACAACUACCUACCUAGCCAGCUGACUGGAAGAGAUCUGUAUUUGUGCCCAUCCCAAAGAAAGGUAAUCCAGGAGAAUGUCGAAAUUAUGGAACAAUAUCAUUAAUAUUGCAUGCAAGUAAAAUUUUGCUGAAGAUAAUUAAAAAAAGAUUGCAACAGUUCAUAGACAGGGAACUGCUAGAAAUUCAAGCUGGAUUCAGAAGAGGAUGUGGAAUGAGAGGUACCAUUUCUGGUGUCAGAUGUAUCUUGGCUGAAAGCAGAGAAUACCAUAAAGAUGUUUGCCUGUGUUUUUUUGACUGUGCAAAGGCAUUGGACUAUGUGAAACGUAGCAAAUUAUGGAAAAUAUUGCGAAGAAUGGGAAUUCCAGAACACUUAAUUGUGCUCAUGUAAAACCUGUACAUAGACCAAGAAGCAGUCAUUGGAACAGAACAAGGGGAUAAUGUGUGGUUUAAAUCAGGAAAGGUGUUCAUCAGGGUUGUAUCCUUUCACCAUACUUAGUCUGCAUGCUGAGCAAAUAAUCCAAGAAGCUGGACUGUAUGAAGAAGAACUCAGCAUUAGGACUGGAGGAAGACUCAUUAACAACCUGCGUUAUGCAGAUAAUACAACCUUGCUUACUGAAAGAGGAGAGGACUUGAAGCACUUAAUAAUGAAAAUCAAAGACUGCAGCCUUCGGUGUGGAUUACCACUCAACAAGUUGAACUAAUAAGCAACAUCAUGAUAAACAAAGAAAACAUUGAAGCUGUCAAGGAUUUCAUUUUACUUGGAUCCACAAUCAACACCCUCAGAAGCAGCAAUCAGGAAAUCAGACAAUGUAUGGUAUUGGGGAAAUCUGCAAAAGACCUCAAAGUGCUGAAAAGCAAACGUGUCACCUGAGGACUAAGGUACGCCUGGCCCAAGCCAUGGUAUUUUCGGUCAUCUCAUGUGCACAUGAAAGCUGGACAGUGAAUAAGGAAGAUGGAAGAAGAGUUGACGCCUUCGAAUUAUGAUUUUGGUGAAGAAUACUGUCUUAGUUAUCUAGUGCUGCUGUAACAGAAAUACCACAAGUGGAUGGCUUUAACAAAAGAGAAAUUUAUUUCCUCACAGUAGGCUGAAAGUCCAAAUUCAAGGCGUCAGCUCCAGAGGAAAGCUUUCUCUCUGUGUUGGCUCUGGAGGAGGUCCUUAUCCUCAAUCUUGCCAUGGUCGAAGAGUUCCUCAGGCUCAGGGACCCCGGGUCCAAAGGACGCGCUCUGCUCCCAGUGCUGCUUUCUUGGUGGUAAGAGGUUCCCAACUCUGCCUGCUUCUCUUGAGAGAUAAAAGGUGGCACAGGCCACACCCCAGGGAAACUCCCUUUACACUGGACCAGGGAGGUAACCUGAGUAAGGGUGGUGUUACAAUCUCACCCUAAUCCUCUUAGUAUAAAAUUAUAGUCAGAAAAUGGAGGACAACCACACAAUACUGGGAAUUAUGGUCUAACGAAGUUGACCCAUAUUUUUGGGGGGAACACAGUUCAAUCCAUGACAAAUACUGCCAGAAGAACAAACAAGUCUGUCUUAGAAGUAUAGCCAGAGUGCUCCUUGGAAGCAAGGAUGGUGAGACUUCAUCUCUUGUACUUUGGACGUGUUAUUAGGAGCAACCAGUCCCUGGAGAAGGACAUCAUGCUUUUGAUAAGGUAGAGGGUCAGAGAAAAAGAGGAAGACCCCCUCGACAAAAUGGGUUGACACUGUGGCUGCAACAUUGGGCUCAAACAUAGCAAUGAUUACGAGCAUGGUUCAGGAUGAUGUGGUGUGGGUUGUUUUGUGCGGAGGGUCACUGAAUCAGCACCUAACAACAACUCCUUUUAUUUAAGUAGACUGGUCUGUAACCUUCACUCAGUUGACUUAGAGCACCCCUACUUGGAUCAGAAAAGUAUGAUGUUAAUUUGAUUCUGUUUGAUUAUUGCUUUUCUCUCAUUCUUUCUGUCCCUGUAGAACUCGUGUAAUUCAAAUGAGAUCUAUUUGUCCUCUUUCUCUUAGCAUAAUUUCCAUGUCUCUGUUUGUGCUUUGCUUUUUGACUGUGGGAUAAAGUGGGCAAAAGAGAGUUCUCUCACACUGUACAAGGGUAGAUUCUCCUGCUGGGCUGUCGUCAAGGGGAACGGGCAGCCAGGAGGUUUGAAGAUUCUUCGUGAGUGAUGAUGGUACAGAAGCCGCGUGUUCCCUUUAGCUGUCAGACCUCAGAUGGUCACUUUUUGGUAUUCCGUUGCUGUUAAUAGUCUCUACUCUUAAGCCUGUUUGUUUGAAGUCUGUCUCCUUAGAAUUCUAAAUGGACUUUUCCGGAAGUUAUUUGAGCCUGCUCCCUCACCCGCCCCAACAGAGAAAGCCCUGCUGGCGCAGUGGUUAAGAGCUACAGCUGCUAACCAAAAGAUCGACAAGAGUUCAAAUCCACUAGCCUCUCCUGGGAAACCCUGUGGAGCGCUUCUGCUCUAUCCUAUAGGGUCGCUAUGAGUUGGCAAUCGACUUGAUGCCAAUGGGCUAGGCCCAUGGCUGUCUGUCAGACACCUGCUCGUCAGGCUAGAGCUUUUACAAAGUUGAUCACAGUAAAUGGACAAGAAUAUCAUCUUCAACUUGUAGACACAGCUGGGCAGGAUGAAUAUUCCAUCUUCCCUCAGACAUACUCUAUAGAUAUUAAUGGUUAUAUCCUUGUGUACUCUGUUACAUCAAUCAAAAGUUUUGAAGUGAUUAAAGUUAUCCACGGCAAAUUGUUGGAUAUGGUGGGGAAAGUUCAAAUACCUAUUAUGUUGGUGGGAAAUAAGAAAGACCUACAUAUGGAAAGGGUGAUCAGUUAUGAAGAAGGGAAAGCUUUAGCAGAAUCUUGGAAUGCUGCUUUUUUGGAAUCUUCUGCUAAAGAAAAUCAGACUGCUGUGGAUGUUUUUAGAAGGAUAAUUUUGGAGGCAGAAAAAAUUGACGGGGCAGCUUCACAAGGAAAGUCUUCAUGCUCAGUGAUGUAAUUCUACUGCAAAACCUGAGGACACUGGGAAUAUACUCUACCUGAAGAAGCAGACUGUCCAUUUUCCUCUAAGAUAAACUAUGUUUCAUUUUUCUUCUGUUAACCUGAGAGAUAUCAUUUGGGUCAGAGCUCCCCCCCCCACCUUCAGAUUAUGUCAAACUCUGACUCUGUCCAAAUGACUUCACUUCCAUUUUCAAAUUUUAAGCAAUCAUAUUUUCAAUUUAUAUAUUGUAUUUCUUAAUAAUAUUAUGACCAAGAAUUUUACCGGCAUUAAUUUUUCAGUGUAGUUUGUUGUUUAAAAUAAUGUAAUCAUCAAAAAUACCUAUUGUUACACUACUCUGAACUAAGCUUGAUACAUCAGUGUUUUAUUUCAUUGUGUUAAAUGUAUACUUGUAAAUAAAAUAGCCGCAAACCUUGA